GUUUUCUGGGAAAGUGCGUUCACUGGCGAGUAGUGAUUCCUCCUUUAUUCCCUGUCAACUUAUCCCUUGGCUUCCCCGAUGGUAGACACGAACGCCAGCAAACAGCCGGCCGCAACGGCCGACAGAAAAAGAGAACGAGGCAGCAAUAGCUUUGCUUCUUGGCUCCUCGUAUCCAUUGUCGUUCUCCAGAUCGGCCUCAUGGCGGCCAUGUACGUCCAAAAUGUACAGAUGGCAGCUCUGGGAGGCGAGAAAACCGUCCGCAUUCAACACUUGGAAGCGAAGAUUCUCGAACUCCAGGCGGCGCGAGCAGCAGCAGCAAAAGAAAACAUGCCCUGUCCACCCUGUGAGCACCUCCAUGAACAGAUGGAGAAAGCGCUUAAAGUGGUACACGAUGACUUUGAGAAAACUGCCGACAGGCUGGCCAACUCGGUCAACAAUCUGCAGUCGAAGGUCAAUCAGUACGGGAGCAAGUUUGACAACCUAAUAAAGAAGGUGCAGAACAAUCCGCUACUAAAGCAGUUUGGGGGGUUGUAGGGGAUUCGGGAUUGCCGGGUGCGGCAUUCGUUUAUUGAUCGGGUUCGGACGACACACCGCAUAAUUUCGAGAGAGUCCUGGCGGGACCACGUACGAAAGAUAUCUGUGCAGAUCUCUUUUGAUGUGCAUGCGGGGGAACACAAAGCUGUGGGAGAGUGUUAGGUAGAACGAUGCAGAUUGAGAGAGACAGACCGUCACAGUGUUGUGUGAGUGAGGAGAGUGCAGUCUCGCUACUCAGCAGAUGGUCCCUUCAUAUCGCAAAACAGAAAUAAUGUGCGUGUUUCUGAGAAAGCCAUUCGCUUGUCAAUCUAUUUUGGUUGCCCGGAGAAUGCCUGUGAAAACAGAAAGGCAUAAGUGCCGAGGUUUAUCGCGGGCCCUUGGGCUGGUCUCGACACGCAAGCGCUUCUACGGGUAAACGCGUUUUUUUUUGUUUGACCGUUUGAUUGCUGUUCAACACAGUGUAAGCAUCCGCGCUUCCAAGUAGCUGUUGAAACUCAGGUUCCC